AUGGCAAUUAUCAAAAGAGGUGCCCGUAACAAGACGGCAGUGGCGCCCACAAAGAGAUCAACCAAUAUAAAGAAGGCUACCUUCGACUCGUCAAAGAAAAAAGAAGUUGGUGUUUCUGAUCUUACUCUUUUGAGUACGAUAUCUGAUCAAGCAAUCAACGAAAAUUUGAAGAAGAGGUUUCUCAACGGGACAAUAUAUACAUAUAUCGGCCAUGUGCUGAUCAGUGUUAAUCCAUUCAGGGAUUUGGGUAUAUAUACAGAUGCUAUAAUGGAAACUUAUAAAGGUAAAAAUAGAUUAGAAGUUCCACCACACGUCUUUGCUAUUGCUGAGACCAUGUACUAUAAUAUGAAGGCUUACAAUGAGAACCAAUGUGUCAUUAUCUCUGGUGAAUCAGGAGCAGGGAAAACUGAAGCUGCAAAGAGAAUUAUGCAAUAUAUUGCAGCAGCUUCAACGACUCAUUCUGAUCAAAUUGGUAAAAUCAAAGAUAUGGUCUUGGCCACUAACCCCUUGUUAGAAUCAUUUGGAUGUGCAAAGACUCUAAGGAAUAAUAACUCUUCAAGACACGGUAAAUAUUUAGAAAUUCGAUUCAAUUCCCAAUUUGAACCAUGCGCUGGUAAUAUUACCAAUUAUUUGUUGGAGAAGCAAAGAGUUGUAAGCCAGAUUCAAAACGAGAGAAAUUUUCACAUUUUUUACCAGUUUACCAAAGGCGCUUCAGAUAACUAUAGGCAGAUAUUCGGCGUCCAAAAGCCUGAGCAAUAUGUAUACACUUCAGCGUCCAAAUGUACAUCAGUGGAUACGAUCGAUGAUUCGAAGGAUUUCCAGGAUACAUUAAAGGCUAUGCAAGUUAUUGGGUUAUCACAGGACGAGCAAGAUCAGAUUUUUAGGCUUUUAGCUGCCAUUUUGUGGAUCGGUAAUAUUACUUUUAUCGAAGAUGCAGAGGGCAAUGCACAAAUAAGAGAUACCUCUGUGACUGAUUUUGUUGCAUAUCUUUUGCAGGUUGACGCCCAACUUCUGAUAAAAUCUCUAGUCGAAAGAGUCCUAGAAACAAACCAUGGUAUGAGAAGAGGCUCCGUUUAUCAUGUUCCCUUGAAUGCUGUCCAAGCAGGUGCUGUCAAGGAUGCACUUGCAAAGUCCAUAUACAAUAAUCUGUUUGAUUGGAUUGUUGAUAGAGUUAAUGUAUCACUCCAGGCUUUUCCAGGAGCUGAUAAAUCGAUCGGUAUCUUGGAUAUCUAUGGAUUUGAGAUCUUUGAUCACAAUUCUUUUGAGCAAAUUUGUAUUAACUAUGUCAACGAAAAACUGCAACAAAUCUUCAUCCAAUUAACUCUAAAAUCAGAGCAAGAGACAUAUGAAAGGGAAAAGAUCAAGUGGACCCCAAUCAAGUUUUUUGAUAAUAAAGUCGUCUGUGAUUUGAUUGAAGCCAAAAGGCCACCAGGUAUUUUUGCCGCUAUGAAUGAUUCUGUAGCAACAGCUCAUGCCGAUUCCAACGCAGCUGAUCAAGCGUUUGCUCAGCGUUUGAAUCUCUUUACCACAAAUCCUCAUUUUGAAUUGAGAUCUUCCAAGUUUGUUAUCAAGCAUUAUGCAGGUGAUGUGACUUAUGACGUGAAUGGAAUUACCGAUAAAAAUAAAGACCAGCUUCAAAAAGAUUUGGUGGAAUUAAUUCAAACAACUGUAAACCCUUUUAUCUCUUCUAUUUAUCCAGAUGCCGUUGAUAAAAACUCAAAAAGAAGGCCACCGACUGCCGGUGAUAAGAUUAUUAAAAGUGCCAACGAGCUUGUCGAAACUUUAUCAAAGGCUCAGCCUGCAUACAUUAGAACAAUAAAACCCAAUCAAACAAAGUCUCCAAAUGAUUACGAUGAUAAGCAGGUUCUUCACCAAGUCAAAUACUUGGGUUUACAGGAAAAUGUGCGUAUUAGAAGAGCAGGUUUCGCUUAUAGACAGGUGUUUGACAAAUUUGUAGAGAGAUUCUACUUAUUAUCUCCGCGCUGUUCGUACGCUGGUGACUAUACAUGGCAUGGUGAAACCUUGGAGGCUGUAAAGAUGAUUUUGGCGGAUGCCUCAAUACCAGAAAAGGAGUAUCAACUUGGUGUCACCAGCGUAUUUAUCAAGACACCAGAAACACUCUUUGCUCUCGAGCAUAUGAGAGACAAGUAUUGGUACAAUAUGGCUGCCAGAAUUCAAAGAGCUUGGCGGAGGUUUCUACAAAGAAGAAUUGACGCAGCCAUCAAAAUACAACGCGCAAUCAAAGAAAGAAAAGGCGGUAAUAAAUUUGAACAGCUGCGCGAUUAUGGUACUAAACUGCUAGGCUCUCGAAAGGAAAGAAGAUCAAUGUCACUUCUUGGUUACCGUGCCUUCAUGGGCGAUUACUUGUCGUGUAAUGAAAAAAAAUCAAAAGGAAGCUUCAUAAAAAAGCAGGCUGGAAUAUCAGAUAAAGCAGUUUUUUCAAUACAUGGUGAGUCUUUGCAUAGUAAGUUUGGAAGAUCUGCUCAAAGAAUGAAAAAAACCUUCAUUCUUACGAAGAGCCAUAUCUAUAUAGUUGGCCAAGUGAUGACUCAAAAUACCUUGCAAUAUAUGGUGGACUACAAGAUAGACCUCAAAAGCAUAAGUGGGGUGAGCAUGACCAACCUUCAGGAUGAUUGGAUUGGUAUUAAUCUGAUAAAUUCUACUCAGCCCGACCCUUUGAUUAACACAUACUUUAAAACUGAAUUAAUAACACACCUGAAGAAAUUGAAUGGUAACAUUCAGAUUAAAAUAGGGCCGACACUUCAAUAUCAAAAAAAGCCGGGAAAACUGCACUCAGUCAAAUGCCAAAUCAGUGAAGCUGCUCCAAAAUAUAGUGAUUGCUACAAGUCGAGCACUAUAUCAGUUCGUCGAGGUCAUCCAGCUAACUCAAAAUCCAAAAAAAAACCUAAUAAAGGCAGCUAUGCCAACUCCUCGUAUACGGCGCCUAGGAGGCACACGAUUUCCAAGGCUAAACAGAAACCCUCCACUCCUAUUUCACGAACUGUAAAAAAGGCGGCACCACCACCGCCGGGUCGUAAACAGGUUAACUCGACCUCUCUUGCUGCUUCUGCUGCCCAAGCUGCUUAUCAUCCUAACGGUGCAGUGGUGAACACUCAUGCGGUUAAUGUGACGGCAUCACCUCAACAAAGUAACACUGUUGCAAGACAAGAAGCCACAUCUAGGCCAUUAACAGAACCCACGACGGCUUCUCAGCCAGCAGCCAAAACCGUUCCACCACCUCCUCCUCCUCCUCAGAUGUCAAAGCCAACAGAGCCAAUGUUUGAGGCAGCUUAUGAUUUUCCGGGUUCAGGUGCUCCAUCCGAACUACCAUUAAAAAAGGGAGAUGUAGUCUAUGUCAAUAGGCACGAACCAAGCGGAUGGUCUUUAGGUAAGACCUUGGAUGGGACCAGGGAAGGCUGGGUCCCUACUGCGUACAUGGUUGAGCAUAAAGAAACCAGUUCUGGUACAGCAUCUUCUCCUGCUGCUAAUAAUUACAAUGUUUCAGCGGUCUCUGCAAUUAUCUCGGACACAGCAGCUAUAACGCUAAGCGAUGACUCUGCUGCUGCCGCGCCGGUUGCGCAACAACAAAGCUUCAGUGACGGUCUCGCUUCGGCGCUCGCCGCCAGAGCCACCAAAAUGCGGAAAGAGAGCGAUGAUGAAGAUGGCGCACAAAGUGAAGAAGAAGAUGAUGAUUGGUAA